AAUACAGUACCAUCCAUUCCGCCCACAGUCCCAACUACGAGCCUCUGGCAGAAAAACUGCACGAUUCAUCAAUCCGUUCCAAAACAAGAGUAGCCGUCACCGGACCUCCAUGGCGAGGGCAACGACACUGGUGCUCGUGGCCGCGCUCGCCGUCCUCCUCCUCCUCGCCUCCGGCCCCGCGGGCGCCACGGCCGCCCGGACCUCGCCCAAGGACGUGGCAACGGCAUCUCCCAACGAGAAGGUCGCGGCGGCGGCGGCGGAAGACCACGAGUGCGAGAUGAGGGCCGGCGAGAAGCAGCGGGAUGAGUGCAUGGCGAGGAGGACGCUCGCGGCGCACACCGACUACAUCUACACCCAGGAGAAGCACAACUAGUGGCCUUCAUAUCUGCGUCCAUGUAAUGAUGUUAGUCUGCGUGUUCGAUCUCUAUCCUAUAGCUUCCUCCUUGAACAAGGGAUCGACCCCACCGUUCAUGCAAUGCAUGCAUGCAUGCAUGGCGCAAUUAUGUAUUGCCUAAAAUAAUUUAGUUAUUCGAUAAUCAAACUGGUUUUAUCGCUC